GAGAAGAUGGGUUGCAAACAAGAGGAUAAUGGCACUUCCUGGAAGAAACCGACUGCCAACAUCAGAAAAACAUUUGUUUUCAUGGAAGCACUUGGAUCAGGGGCCUUUUCAGAAGUUUUCCUGGUGAAGCACAGAACCACUGGCAAGCUUUUUGCUUUGAAGUGCAUUAAAAAGUCACCAGUCACCCAGGAUAGCAAUCUGGAUAAUGAAAUAGUUGUGCUGAAGAAAAUAAAGCAUAACAACAUAGUAACACUUGAGGACAUUUAUGAAAGCACAACUCACUAUUAUCUGGUAAUGCAGCUAGUGUCUGGAGGAGAAUUAUUUGACCGUAUUUUAGAACGAGGUGUUUACACUGAAAAGGAUGCUAGUAUUGUAAUUCAGCAAGUCCUGGGAGCAGUGCAUUAUCUUCAUGAAAAUGGGAUAGUCCAUCGAGAUCUAAAGCCUGAAAAUUUGCUCUAUCUAACUCCAGAAGAGGACUCCAAAAUUAUGAUAACAGAUUUUGGUUUGUCUAAGAUGGAACAGAAUGGCAUCAUGUCUACAGCAUGUGGAACUCCAGGAUAUGUUGCUCCAGAAGUAUUAGAACAAAAGCCAUACAGUAAAGCUGUGGAUUGCUGGUCAAUUGGAGUUAUUACCUACAUCCUCCUAUGUGGAUACCCUCCUUUCUAUGAAGAAACAGAGUCCAAAUUGUUUGAGAAAAUCAAAGAAGGAUACUUCGAAUUUGACUCUCCAUUUUGGGAUGAUAUCUCUGAAUCAGCCAAAGAUUUCAUUUCUCAUUUACUCGAGAAGGAUCCAAAUAAGAGAUUUACCUGUGAGAAAGCCCUCAGGCAUCCCUGGAUUGAUGGAAACACAGCCCUCCACUGUGACAUAUAUCCAUCUGUCAGUGUACAGAUCCAAAAGAAUUUUGCAAAAAGCAAAUGGAAGCAAGCCUUCAAUGCUGCAGCUGUGGUCCAUCAUAUGAAGAAACUACACAUGAAUGGUCAUCAUGCAGAGGACAAUGUCAAAAGCCAAGUACAAGUACAAAUUACAUCAAGGCCUAAGACAUCAUCUGUUACUUACAAGGAACAAUCAAGUCAAGACACCAAGAAUUUGAUCCCUGUAUUAUCCUAUCAGAAUACUUCAGAUCUUGCUGGCUUGCAUGCCAAGAAGACAGAAAGCAAAUAUUUAGAUAACCUGGGGACCACAUCAGUUCAUAUGACUUCUGUAACUGCAAUAGACAGCCAGAGCCAUCCAAGCAGAACUUCAGCUAGCAGUACUCCAGAAUGUGGGACACGUGAGAAAGUGAAAACAACUUUUUGCUCAGAAGCAGUACUCAUAAAAAGGGAUGCCAAGACACAUCACUUCAACUCAGAAGUCCUUGUUCCAGUCAAAGCCACUAAUCACACCUAUUUUGGUAGUGGGCAAACUGGUGUUUGCUUGGUAAUGUGAUUGAAAAAACUGCCAUAAGGAUAAAACAUAUACGUUUACAGGUAAGUGUAUGCAUAAAAUUCACAUUCACAUUCACUUUUCUAGCGAAGAAUAGUGAAGCAUUUAAAUGUUGCUACCAUUUCAUGAUCUCCCAGUUAUGCUGAGUGCAGAGCAAGGAAAUGUCUUUAUUCUCAUGUCAGCAGGUUUGUUCAUGGAAAAGGGUGCACCCCAGCAUUCAAUAGGGAGAUGUCAUGACUACUUUGCCCAAGCUGGCAGAGUAGGGAGGCAGGAAAAACCAAACUUUAAUGAUCAGCUUGCUUUACAGAUACCCGGAGACUAUAUAAGGUGCACUGUACCAAAAGAUGCAAGUCUCACUACCUCAGGCUAUAGGGAAAUGCUAUUCAUAGUUUCAUUUAAAUGAGAGAUCAAUAUAUAUAACCCUAACCCUAUUCUCAUAUAUGUUUCCCAAUGAGUCUCUAAUUGCUCCAAAAGCAUAAUACCUUUUUCUUUAUCAUUAAUACACCCCUUCUAAAAUGGAGGGUGUAUUUUUCCCCAAGCUGUGAAGAUACUCUCUCUCCAAUGAUACACAUUUCUAUAUACUAAAGAACAUCUUAGUAAUCU